AUGUCCGGCAAGAAAGUUAUUUUCACAACCAAGGCACCAGCCCCCUUCCCUGUCUUCUCACAGGCCAUCGCUCGAAAUGACACAGUCUACUGCUCUGGCAUGGUUGGGUUAGAUGAGAACAAUGCGAUAGUGAGUGGAGGAGUCGCACGGCAGACAGACCGAAUUCUCCAAAACCUAGCCGCUGUCCUUGAAGAGGCCCAGUCUAGCUUGCAAAAUGUUUUGAAGCUGAAUAUCUACCUCACAUCCAUGGACGACUUUGGUGCUAUGAAUGAGGCAUAUAUGGAGCAUUUCUCGGCUCCACUACCUGCGAGAACAUGUGUCGCUGUCACAGCAUUGCCAUUGGGUGCUCAUGUGGAAAUGGAAUGUGUAGCGUUCAUUUAA